AUGGAGACCGCCCCCGGCUCAAUCCUCAUUGUCGGUUCUGGCCUUUUCGGGCUCAGCACCGCCUGGGCGCUCGCCAAGCGGCCAUUCUUCCGCGACACCGCCAUCACGGUUGUUGACGACGCCCGGGGCCAGUUCCCCCCGGAGGACUGCGCCAGCGUAGAUGCUUCGCGCAUUGUGAGGGCCGACUAUGCGGAUAGAGAGUAUGCGACCCUCGCGGCGGAGGCACAGACUGAGUGGCGGAAACAGAAGGACCACGAGGUCGGAGGGCAGGGCCGGUAUGCUGAGAAUGGUCUUGUGCUGACCGCCAACCAAUCGUACACGUCCAAGUCCGGGCACAAGACGGGCCUCGACUAUGUCAAGGCGAGCUGGGAGAACGUCACCCAGAUUGCCCUGGACACCGGUCUUCCCACGGAGAAAAUCGUCAAGUUGGAGAGCCGCAAGGCGAUACAAGAGUAUCUCGGCGCCUCGGGCAAUGUGGGUGACUGGGGGUACUCGAACACAUUGUCCGGCUGGUCGAAUAACGGAACGUCGAUGAGAUGGCUCUACGAGCGUGUCAAGGAAACAGGGAGGGUCAAGUUUGUAGACGCGUUGGUGAAGGAGUUGGUGACCGAGGGUACAAGGGUGGUGGGCGCCAAGCUGAGGGAUGGCGGGGUUCUUAAGGGAGACGUGGUAUUUGUCGCCGCGGGUGCCUGGACCGGCGCGCUGAUUGACCUGAGAGGGCGGUGCGAGGCGACGGGGCAGGCUGUCGCGUACGUCGAGAUUACCGAGGCGGAGCAGAAGCGUAUGGAGCACCAGCCCACGAUCCUCAACCUUUCCACGGGGCUCUUUGUCCUCCCUCCCAGGGAGAGGCUGCUCAAGGUGGCGCGGCACGGGUUUGGCUACCUCAACCCACAGACUGUGCCGGCUGCACUGCCACUGUCACACAAGCACAGGCGAGACCCCAUUGUUGUAUCGGUUCCCAGGACGAUUCGUGACAACGGGUUUGAUGGCCUGCCUGCCGAGGGCGAUCGUGACCUCCGGGAAGGCCUUCGGGACCUGGUUCCCUUAAAAGACGUAGACCAGCGACCGUGGGUGAAGACACGACUCUGCUGGUACUCGGACACCAGAGACGCAGACUGGCUCGUGGACUGGCAUCCUGGAUGGGAGGGACUGUUCAUCGCCACAGGAGACAGCGGACACGGAUUCAAGUUCUUGCCUGUCAUUGGCGACAAGUUGGUGGACUGCCUUCAGGGUAGCGGCGGCAAGCUUGGGGACAAGUGGAAGUGGAAGCACAUUGAGGACGACGGUCUCGGAAAAGAAACAAACGGAGUCUAUCGGGGGUUGAACACCUGGGACGGUAGUAGAGGAGGAUUGCCCGACAUGAUCUUGGAUGAUGAGAUAAAGAAGCUCCGUGAUGGUAAGGCCCGAUCGCAGCUAUAA